UCUAGACAACCGCCAAAACAAACGGCCUACUCUCUUCGGAGUUCGGGAUGGGAACCGCAAUCCGCGUCCUGCCUUCUAGGGCCGCCCGCGCCGUCAACCUCCUCCGUACGGUGCAGUACACCCACCCGCCGUCGUGCCCAUGCCACGCCAACCCGGGCCAUCACCACCACGCCGGCCCGUCGGCGUCGGCGGCGGCGGCGACGACGGUGUCGCGAUUUGCGGACCGCGCCUCGUCGGCGGCGCGUGGCGGGCGGCGGGGGUACGCGACGCCGCGUGAUGCGGCGCAGCAGAAGGAGUACGCGUUCGAGAUGGCGGCGUCGUCGAUCCGGUUCGGGCCCGGGGUGACGCGGGAGGUGGGCAUGGACCUGCGGAACAUGGGGGCCAAGCGGGUGUGCGUGGUGACGGACCCGACGGUGGACCGGCUCGAGGCGAUGCGGCAGGUGCGCGAGGCGCUGGACGGGGAAGGGGUCGAGUACCGCGUCUACUCCGGGGUGCGGGUCGAGCCCAAGGACUACAGCGUCAAGGAGGCGGUCGAGUGGGCGCGUGGGUACGCGCCCGACGCCUUCCUGGCCGUGGGCGGCGGGUCGGUCAUGGACACGGCCAAGCUGAUGAACCUGUACACGUGCUAUCCGGAAGCCGACUUCAUGGACUUUGUCAACGCGCCGCUGGGCAAGGGCCGGCCGGUCGACCGCAAGCUGCUGCCGCUCGUGGCGAUGCCGACGACGGCGGGCACGGGCAGCGAGACGACGGGGACGGCCAUCUUCGACCUGGCCUCGCGCCGGGCCAAGACGGGCGUGGCCCACCGCAACCUCAAGCCGACGCUGGGCAUCUGCGACCCGCUCAACACGCGCACCAUGCCGGCCGCCGUGCGCGCCUCGUCCGGCCUCGACGUGCUCUGCCACGCGCUCGAGUCGUGGACCGCCAUCCCCUUCAACGAGCGCACCCCGCGCCCGGCCAACCCGAUCCUGCGGCCGGCCUACCAGGGCGCCAACCCGAUCAGCGACAUCUUCUCCCUCAACGCCCUGCGCCAGACCGUCAAGUACCUGCCCCGCUCCGUCCGCGACCCGGACGACAUGGAGGCCCAGACCGAGAUGCUGCUGGCCAGCACCCUGGCCGGCGUCGGCUUCGGCAACGCCGGCGUCCACCUGUGCCACGGCAUGUCCUACCCCAUCUCGGGCCAGAACCCGGGCUACCGGCACGCCGGAUACGAGGUCGACGCGCCCCUGAUCCCGCACGGCGUCUCGGUCGCCGUCUCCGCCCCGGCCGUCUUCCGCUUCACGGCGCCUUCCAACCCGGAGCGCCACCUGGCCGCCGCCGAGGUCUUCGGCGUCGACGUCAGCAACGUCAAGCGCGAGAGCGCCGGCGAAGUCCUCGCCGACGCCCUCACCCGCUUCCUCGCCGACCUCGGCGACCAGCCCGCCGGCCUCCGCCACCUCGGCUUCACCCGCGACCACAUCGACGACCUGGUCGAGGGCACCAUCCCCCAGGCCCGCGUCCUCUCCCUCGCCCCGGGCCUGGCCAAGGAGCUCGAACAGGAGCGCGACCAGCUGCGUCGCCUGUUUGAGGAUGCUCUCGAGCAUUGAUGACAUUUUGUCUUCGUAUUUUCCCAUUUUCUUUUUCUUUUUUAAUCUUAUCGAUUUUUAUUUUUUUUUCGGAUGAAAUCAGACCGCGCUCAUUGUGCGCAGGGGGUAUAGCUUGUGGUUAUUGUUUGUUGAUGGCUUAGCAUUGUGAGUAAGGGGGGAAAAUUCGCAUCGAUCCGAAGCCUGAGGGCAUAACGUUGUAUGACUUGACAGUAUAAAAAGAGCACAAUAGCCGAGGAAUCAACUCAAUCACAAAUCAACAUGGCAAUUCUCUG